AUGGCGAAGAAAAAACGGGCGCCUCAGCUGGACGCUUGGUGUUGGUACUGCGAUCGUGAGUUUGAAGAUGAGAAAGUCUUGAUUCAGCAUCAAAAAGCAAAGCAUUUCAAAUGCCCACACUGUCCACGUCGUCUGAAUACAGCUGGUGGACUGGCUGUCCAUCUGGGUCAAGUGCAUAAAGCAGAGCCGGGACGUUUGGAAAAUACGCUACCUGGACGUGAUUCGUUUGAAAUUGAAAUCUAUGGCAUGGUUGGUGUGCCGGAUAGUGAUUUGAUUGCAUGGCAGGUGCGCCGAAGUGGAGACCGGGCUGCGCAGGAGGGAGCACAGGUUCGUGGUCCGCCGAUGCCGAAGCGUCCACGUAUUGAGAAAGUGGCGUUGACAGCAGAUCAGCUGCGUGCGCAACUUGAAGCGCACAAGGCGUUAAUGAGCGGUGCUGCGUCUACCUCUGCGCCGCCCCAUCUGACACAGCCACCCAUUCCUGCUACGACGGAAUCUACGACACAAAGCCCUAUAUAUCAUACCCCGCCUACCAGGACACAAGAAGCGGCGUCUGUGGUGCCUGCAUCGCAGCCAGCUUCUACGACGUCGAAAGAGCCGCCGUCGAUGCCACCUGGCCCCCCGCCGCUGCCCUCCGUAUCGAUGUCAGGUCAGCGUUCUCCAGCGGCGGCGGCGUCGCCUACGGUAGCCUCGACGCCGGCCCCUCCUACGGCGGUGGCGUCGGAGAACGAUCGGAUGAUGCAUCCGCACCGACGGGCCAUCGAGCAAGGACUCAAGUCGCGUCUGGUGUAUACAGACACGCAAUUCAGUCCGGAAGAAAAAAUGGCGGGUAUGCCGCGCUAUGCGUAUGUGCCAUCGGCAUAA